AUGACGUGUAAUCGUUGCGAAGCCAAAGAAUCUUCUAUUUCUGCGUUAGAAGCCCGUCUGAGCGACCGAGAGAAACAGCUGUCGGACUUGUUUGACAAAUACAAAAAAGAGAAGUUUCAGUUUAAAGCGAAACUUCUGCAGCUGAGUAGGCAACUGUCCGCCAAGCAAGAGGAUGGAGAGAGUUUCGACAAGUUCAUCGAGAAUUUCCAGGACGAUGAGACGUUACUGCUGCGGUACAGGUCCGAGAUUGAAAACCUGAACGCUGCCCUAGUGCGCAAGAACACCGAAAUUAACGACCACAAAAUUCGAAUCAGGGAUCUUGAAAAGAAGCUUCGCGAAGCGGCCGUCAACGACCAUCGUCAUCACGCAUUUUCUCGAGAAAGCGCCCUCAAACGCGACAAGGACGUAUUGGCGCUGUUCGAGGCAGAACUGCAGAAUUUCUACUCCCAGAUAGAGCUGAAAGACAAACACAUUCUUCAGCUGAGUCAGGAGCUGGAAGAGAAGUCGGAGCAGGUGCAGAGUCUGGUGGAAGCAUGCCAAGAGAAGGACGAGGUUAUUCUCGCGAAGACACGCGCUAAUCAGGUGAGGAUUUGUUUUUGCCUCCGUUGCGAGAUGUUUCUCUUAUCGUUUGUUUUACUUUUCCUUGGAUAUGUUUAUCAUAUUUUUCUGCACAUUACUGUUGUUUGCCGCUUUCCUUCAGCUACAAGUUUCAAGGUCUUAAUCAGUGCGAGGAGCCAGAUUUCUGGCGAUCAUGUUGUCCAUCAUGUUCAUAGACAUUUUUCAUGUUUAACUGGUCAUAAGUAGAU